UUUCAACUCGAAAACAGCAAUGAUAACAAUAGCGUUGCCUUGCAUCAUGAUUCAGAACUUCACACGCCCUUCAGUGAAAUAAGAUUAGAGGAAAGGGAAGACGCAGAACCUACGCAGGAUAAUUUGGAAAUGAACGAAUAUGCACCACUUAAUCCGGCAACCCGCUCAUGGGAAGUGAGAAGAGAAAAUGUAAUCAUUGAGACGGUCAUUGGAGGUGGUUCUUUGGGUCAAGUCCAUCGGGGAAUAGCUUCAAACUUGCCAGGAAGAGAGGGAAGAAUGACUGUGGCUAUAAAAAUGCUUCAUGGUGACAGUACAAUCGCGGAGAGAAACGAUUUGAUGUCAGAACUCGAAGUUCUGAAGAAACUCAAGCCUCAUCCCCACGUGAUUAAACUGCUGGGAUGCGUCACUGAAUCAGGUAAACAAAAUCACGAAACCGUUAUAUGAGACAAACUUCUAUCCCUUUCUAAUGGCAUACAAAUGGAUAUAAUGUUUUUUAACGUUUCACCUCAAAAUGCUCCUUUAAAUCUAUUGAAAAUCAUGCUAAAGCCGCGCCCCAUCCUAUUUCCCUAAAGCUAAGCUUUAACUUUAUUUACUGUAUUCUUCCUCUUUCAACACACAGACCUUUCUUUAUUUCUAAUCUCAACAGCAUAUAACUGU